CCCUCGUUCUAAACAAAUCUUGUUUUAGGUUUGUUUUUGCAUCUUCCAAAUCGUCUGUGUGAAUUCCACUUAAGUUUUACAAUUUCAGUGAGCGACUCAGCUCCCAAAUGAUUACAAAACGAUUCUGGUAGCUUUCAUUCAUGGAUGCUGUGCAAGAUGACAAUACUUCUAGCCCUGUUCGCAGCCUCGGGUUCGACACCAUCCCCAGACACACAAACACUAAAGCAAGAGAAAGAGAAAGAGCAAGGCAUGGACACAAAACAACAUAAUGCAUUCAUACUUUAAGCUGUUUCAAACAUGCUCCAAUAUCAAACAGUUGCAGCAAAUCCAUGCCCACAUUAUUGUGAGGGGACUCGCCGAAAAUAAAAUAUUGGGUUCUAGGCUUAUAAGCGCGUAUGGAAAGCGGCAGAGUGUAGAUUAUGCACGCCUGGUUUUUGACAGAAUUCCCAAAGAAAGCGUAUUUUUAUGGAAUUCAAUGAUUACUGGGUAUUCCAAGAACGGGUUUUGGGACAAAACCCUGGAGCUCUUUUGCCAAAUGCAGAAUGAACAAGAAGCAGACCAUUUUACAUUCGCUUGCGUUCUCAAAGCAUGCGCUGCAAUUUCUGCUCUGCAGAAAGGCAGGGAAGUUCAUGUUCGUGCAAUAACAUGUGGAUUGGAAUCCCAUCUGUUUACAGCGAAUGCCCUUAUUACCAUGUAUGCGAAAUGCAGGCGUGUGGAAGAUGCACGCAAAUUGUUUGACAAAAUGUGUCCAUCCGAAAGAGAUACGGUGUCCUGGAACUCUAUGGUUGGAGGUUAUGUGCAGAAUGGGAAGGGAAUCAAGGCUUUGGAGUUGUACAUUCAAAUGAAGACGAGGAUCGAACCAGAUGCAGUCAUAUUCAUAAGCCUUCUUCCAAUCUUUUCAGAUGUCAAUAAGGGUAAGGAGAUUCAUGCUUGCAUACUCAGUAGUGGACUGCAUUUGAAUUUACAAGUGGGGAACGCACUUGUAGCAAUGUAUGCUAAAUGCGGCAUUAUUGAGUGCGCGCUCAAAGUGUUUGACGGAAUGAUUGAAAAAGAUGUCGUAUCAUGGACUGCAAUGAUCACAGGAUAUGUCCAGAAUGGACAGAGUGGGGAAGCCUUAAAGUUGUUCCACAAAAUGCAGCUGGCAGGGUUCAAGCCAAAUGCUGUUACUAUCAUAAAUGUUCUUCCAGCUUGCACCGCCCUAGUAGCUCUUCAACAAGGCAAGGAAGUACAUAAUUCAGUUAUAAGAAAUGGGUUUGAAUUGGAUGUUUUCGUGGUCAGUACCCUGAUAGACAUGUAUGCCAAAUGUGGGAGUUUGAAGAUUGCACUUCACUUAUUUAACACAAUGGCGCAUAAAGAUCCGGCCUUGUGGACCGCAAUGAUUUCUAGCUAUAGUAUAAAUGGGUGUGCUGAUGAGGCAAUUAUGCUUUUCGAUCGAAUGCUUGCUUUAGGAUAUAAGCCGGACAGUGUCACCUUUGUCGCUGUUCUAUCUGCUUGCAGUCGUGCAGGCAUGGUAGUGAAAGGCCGGCGUUACUUUGAUAGGAUGAAACUAGAUUAUUGCAUUGUACCUGGGUUGGAGCACUAUGCAUGCAUUGUAGACCUUCUUGGUCGAGCAGGGCACUUGGACGAGGCAUAUGAUUUCAUUGGCAAUAUGCCGUUAAAACCAAAUGAUGAUGUGUGGGGUGCCUUGCUUGGUGCCUGCAGAAUUCAUCAAAAUAUACAGUUGGGAGAGCUUGUAGCAGAACAUCUCUAUGACCUGAAACCUAAGAAGGCUGGCUAUUAUGUUCUGAUGUCAAAUAUCUAUGCUGCAGCUGGAAGGUGGGAUGGUGUAGAAAAGGUAAGAGCAAUAAUGAAAGGCAAGGGGGCGACAAAGAUGCCAGGAUAUGCCUGGAUUGAGAUCAAGAAAAAGGUUCAUGCAUUCCUUGUAGAGGACAGAGCACAUGCACAAUCAGCAGAAAUUUAUAAAACAUUAGAGGAUUUGGCCGGGCAAAUGAAAGAGGCAGGAUAUGUGCCCAAUACAAACUUUGUGUUGCAAGAUGUGGAGGAGGAAGAAAAGGAGCAUAUCCUAUGUAGUCAUAGUGAGAAGCUGGCUCUUGCUUUUGGGCUUAUGAAUAUUAAAUGCCCUGGUACAUCUAUCCGAAUCAUAAAGAAUCUUCGCAUUUGUGGUGAUUGCCACCAUGCCAUGAAGUUUAUCUCCAGAAUUGUUGAACGAGAAAUAAUUAUUAGAGACUUGAGUCGCUUUCAUCAUUUCAAGAAUGGGGAAUGUUCUUGUGGAAAUUACUGGUGAUAUUAAUGGAAAGGAUUCAACAAAUGGGAGGACUGUUAAGUAAUACCGUAUGGUGAUUUCCACAGUCACUACUUUCAGCUCCAAAUCUUUGAGCAGAAAUUCAUUGUGAAAGAUUUUAUUGGCAUCCAUCGUUUUGAGAAGAGAAUGGCCUAUGUUCUUAUGGAGCUUGGGCAAUGCUCACUUGAAGGAGACCAAAACCAAAAGGAUGAACCACAACUAUAAGCAAUAUGGUGAUUUUCAAAACAAAACCAUUGUUUAAUUUGUUGAGUAAAAACUAUUAUAGAUUCAAUUGACUUCCACCAUUUCAAGAAUGGGCAAACAAUCUUAUGGAGAUUGGACUAUGUUCUUGCGAAAACGUUAUGGAGGUAUUACUUGAAGGAGAUCAACUAUCACAAAGGGCUUAUUGACAAACAUUAUCAUCCACUCAAAAUAAAUGGAUUAACACUGAUCCACGUGACCAAGAGCACAACCAAAUACAUAUCACAAGAAGCACCAGUUUGUGGUUCUCUUCAAUGACUUGCUUUUAACACUGAAGUCUUAAAAUCGGACGCUUUUAUAGUUGAAUUCUUUUUAAGAAAGUGCUUCAACUUCUUUGACAAGUUGUGUAUCAUUCUCUUGUCAAUACAUCGUCUAGAAUUUGCAUUCUAUUUUGUUAUGGUAAACAAAAUAGAUCAUUCGAUGGACUCUCUUUGAGCAAAUGCAUUUCCUUUUACUCUACUCUAC